AUGACUGACAACAUGAAGGAGUGCCUGGCGCAGACCAAGGCGGCCGUGGGGGAUAUGGUGACCGUGGUGAAGACCGAGGUCUGCUCACCACUCCGAGACCAGGAGUAUGGCCAGCCCUGCUCUAGGAGACCAGACCCCUCAACCAUGGAAAUGGAGCCCAAGAAACUGAAGGGAAAGCGUGAGCUCAUCAUGCCCAAAAGCUUCCAGCAAGUGGACUUCUGGUUCUGCGAGUCCUGCCAGGAGUACUUUGUGGAUGAGUGCCCGAACCACGGUCCCCCAGUGUUUGUGUCCGACACGCCAGUGCCCGUGGGCAUCCCAGACAGGGCUGCCCUCACCAUCCCGCAGGGCAUGGAGGUGGUCAAGGAAGCCAGUGGGGAGAAUGACGUGCGAUGCAUAAAUGAGGUCAUCCCCAAGGGCCACAUCUUCGGCCCCUAUGAGGGGCAGAUCUCCACCCAGGACAAAUCAGCUGGCUGCUUCUCCUGGCUGAUUGUGGACAAGAAUAACCGCUACAAGUCCAUAGAUGGGUCAGACGAGACUAAAGCCAACUGGAUGAGGUACGUGGUCAUCUCCCGGGAGGAGAGGGAGCAGAACCUGCUGGCGUUCCAGCACAGCGAGCGCAUCUACUUCCGGGCGUGCAGGGACAUCCGGCCCGGGGAGCGGCUCCGGGUCUGGUACAGCGAGGACUACAUGAAGCGUCUGCACAGCAUGUCGCAGGAAACCAUCCACCGCAAUCUGGCCAGAGGAGAGAAGAGGUUGCAGAGGGAGAAGUCUGAGCAGGCUCUGGAUAACCCAGAAGACCUGAGGGGUCCCCUUCAGCUCCCCGUGUUGAGACAGGGCAAAAGUCCAUACAAGCGUGGCUUUGAUGAGGGGGACGCACACCCCCAGGCCAAGAAGAAGAAGAUUGACCUCAUUUUCAAGGAUGUGUUGGAGGCUUCACUGGAAUCCGCAAAGGUGGAAGCGCAUCAGCUGGCCUUGAGCACCUCGCUGGUCAUCAGGAAGGUCCCCAAGUACCAGGAUGACACCUACAGUCGGUGUGCAAUGAGCAUGUCGCAUGGCGUGCAGAACGUCAGCCGGACCCAGGGGGAAGGGGACUGGAAGAUUCCCCAGGGGGCUUCCAAGGAGCCCAGGGGGCUUUCGUUGGAGGAUGAAGAAGAAGAGCCUUCGUCGUUCAAGGCCGACAGUCCCGCCGAGGCCUCCCUUGCGUCCGACCCUCACGAGCUUCCCACCACCUCCUUUUGCCCUAAUUGUAUUCGCCUAAAGAAGAAGGUCCGGGAACUCCAGGCCGAACUAGACAUGCUUAAGUCUGGGAAGCUUCCCGAACCUCCCGUAUUGCCAGCACAGGUACUGGAGCUCCCAGAGUUCUCGGACCCUGCAGCCUCCGAGAGCAUGGUCUCCGGCCCUGCCAUCAUGGAGGACGAUGACCAGGAGGUCGACUCUGCAGACGAGUCCGUCUCCAAUGACAUGAUGACCGCCACCGACGAGCCCUCCAAGAUGUCCUCCGCCACCGGGCGCCGCAUCCGGCGCUUUAAGCAGGAAUGGCUGAAGAAGUUCUGGUUUCUGCGGUACUCCCCGACACUCAACGAGAUGUGGUGCCACGUGUGCCGUCAGUACACCGUGCAGUCCUCCCGCACGUCGGCCUUCAUCAUCGGCUCCAAGCAGUUCAAGAUCCACACCAUCAAACUGCACAGCCAGAGCAACCUGCACAAGAAGUGCUUGCAGCUGUACAAGCUCCGCAUGCACCCCGAGAAGACGGAGGAGAUGUGCCGCAACAUGACCCUGCUCUUCAACACCGCCUACCACCUGGCCCUCGAGGGCCGGCCCUACCUGGACUUCCGGCCCCUGGCCGAGCUCCUGCGCAAGUGCGAGCUCAAGGUGGUGGACCAGUACAUGAACGAGGGCGACUGCCAGAUCCUCAUUCACCACAUUGCCCGCGCGCUGCGGGAGGACCUGGUGGAGCGCAUCCGCCAGUCGCCCUGCCUCAGCAUCAUCCUGGACGGGCAGAGCGACGACCUGCUGGCCGACACGGUGGCCGUCUACGUCCAGUACACCAGCAGCGACGGGCCCCCAGCCACCGAGUUCCUGUCCCUGCAGGAACUGGGCUUCUCCAGCACGGAGAGCUACCUGCAGGCGCUCGACCGGGCCUUUUCGGCCUUGGGCAUCCGUCUGCAGGAUGAGAAGCCCACCGUCGGCCUGGGCAUCGACGGGGCCAACGUCACGGCCAGCCUGCGCGCCAGCAUGUUCAUGACGAUCCGCAAGACACUGCCCUGGUUGCUGUGCCUGCCCUUCAUGGUGCACCGGCCCCACCUGGAGGUCCUGGACGCCAUCAGCGGGAAGGAGCUCCCGUGCCUGGAGGAGCUAGAGAACAAUCUGAAGCAGCUGCUGAGCUUCUACCGGUACUCGCCGCGCCUCAUGUGCGAGCUCCGGUCCACGGCGUCCACCCUGUGCGAGGAGACGGAGUUCCUGGGGGACAUCCGCGCCGUGAGGUGGAUCAUCGGGGAGCAGAAUGUCCUCAACGCGCUCAUUAAAGACUACCUGGAGGUGGUGGCCCACCUCAAGGACGUCAGCAGCCAGACCCAGAGGGCCGACGCGUCUGCCAUUGCGCUGGCCCUGCUGCAGUUCCUCAUGGACUACCAGUCCGUCAAGCUCAUCUACUUCCUCCUGGACGUGAUCGCCGUGCUCUCGCGCCUGGCCUACAUCUUCCAGGGCGAGUACCUCCUGGUGUCCCAGGUGGACGACAAGAUCGAGGAGGCCAUCCAGGAGAUCAGCCGGCUGGCCGACUCCCCGGGGGAGUACCUGCAGGAGUUUGAGGAGAACUUUCGAGAGAGCUUCAAUGGGAUUGCAGUGAAGAACCUCAGGGUGGCCGAGGCCAAGUUCCAGUCCGUCAGGGAGAAGAUCUGCCAGAAGACCCAGGUGAUCCUGGCUCAGAGGUUUGAUUCCCGAAGCCGGAUCUUCGUGAAGGCCUGCCAGGUGUUCGACCUGGCCGCCUGGCCCAGGAACAGCGAGGAGCUCCUGAGCUAUGGCAAGGAGGACAUGGUGCAGAUAUUUGACCACCUGGAGGCCAUCCCGACCUUCUCCCGGGAUGUCUGCCGGGAGGGGCUGGACCCCCGGGGCAGCCUGUUGAUGGAGUGGCGGGAACUCAAGGCGGAUUACUACACCAAAAAUGGCUUCAAAGACCUGAUCAGCCACAUCUACAAGUACAAACAGCGCUUCCCGCUCUUGAACAAGAUCAUCCAGGUCCUCAAAGUCCUCCCCACGUCCACCGCGUGCUGCGAGAAAGGCCGCAAUGCCCUGCAGCGAGUUCGCAAAAACCACCGCUCCCGCCUGACCCUAGAGCAGCUCAGCGACCUGUUGACCAUCGCUGUGAACGGCCCGCCGAUCGCCAACUUCGAUGCCAAGCGAGCCCUGGACAGCUGGUUUGAGGAGAAGUCGGGCAGCAGUUACGCGCUGUCCGCCGAGGUCCUCAGCAGGAUGUCGGCGCUGGAGCAGAAACCGGUGCUGCAGACCGUGGACCACGGGUCAGAGUUUUACCCGGACAUCUAG